UGCAGAACCACACUUGCGCACAGAGGAGGCUUUACUCCUGGAGUGUCGCUCCUCCGCCAUAUGCCUCGUCUCUGCUGGAAUGUGAUUGUGUCUCUUUACAAUAAAGAGGAAAGCCGAGCAAUGAGAAGGAGACCAUCGAGGAACUGAGCUUGAGGGCGAGUCACUUUAUCACAGUUAUUUGAAGUGUGUGUGUGUGUGUGUGUGUGGGUGGGUGAUGUGAGACCAAUCUGAGGGAGGGAAGGUGCAACCAAUGCAGUGAGGCAGCAGUUUAACAUGAUGAGCCUGAACCUGCCAGUCUGAGCGACAGAACGCUGCACAGAGGGAGAGGAGGGAGAGGUCUCCUCAGUUCAGGAUCUCUGUUUCACCUCUGGCUCUCCCUGGACACAACCUCCAUUACGAGAGAAAAACAAACACUCCCUGUUGCCAGACCAGAAGCGCUGACGAUGAAGCCUGCAUAGCGGUGAAAAUCCAACAGUCCAGAGCUCUUACCUGCAGCUCGCCAAGCAAAGCCAGCAGCUGCUCGCCCAUCCUGCAGGAGUGUCUGAAUCGGGCACUUAGAGGGACAGCUGACAGGAGCAGGGGAGGAGUCAAUGGAAGAGUACCUGGAAGCAGGACUCUGCUACCGUCUAAACCACAAGGUACAUAUUGUACCACCAAAGCCAGCACACCUCCUGAGCCCAGUGUCCCCAUUCCUGCCCUCGCUGGGCAUCAUCCAGAAAUCCCCAGUUGGACUCAUAAUGGAGGAGGAAGGAGGAAAACCAGGGGGUAUGACCCUUGAAAGGGUCAGAGACAAACAGUCCAAAGUGUCAGACCUGAUCAGUCGCUUUGAGGUUAACAGCAACACAGAGAACAAAAGAGACGGUUCACCGCUCAAACAGACCAGCAAAGCUUCUAACCUCAGCCCGGUUCAUUGCGCCUACCAGAGGACAGAGAUCAGCAAGAUUCAGGAGAAGUUCUCCUCCGCAGCGCCUGCAUCGCAGGAUGCCAAAAAACCAGCAGCGAACGGGCUGGUAGUGCAGAUGGAGCAGGACAAGGAGACAGAGGAGAAGACACAUGACAGAAUGAGGAUAGAGACUGCUGAGCUUGUAAAUGGAGAUUUGGAAAGUGAAGAUCAGGUGGAUUCACCUCACCACCACACAGACAGAACUGGUACCGAGAGCCAUGCUGAAAACGAGGACAAUAAGAAAACAACAGAAACUGUGCAAAAGAGUGAAGAAGGGAGCUCGGAGCAUAAGGAGACAAAUGAGCAAAAGCUGUUUAAGAUCGCCAGCGAGCUCCUGCACACAGAGAAGGCCUACGUGGCCCGACUCAACCUGCUGGACCAGGUAUUCUGUGCUAAGAUGAUGGAGGAGGCAAAUAAAGGCACUUUCCCUGUGGAUGUGGUGAAGAACAUCUUCUCUAACAUAACCUCCAUCCAUGCCUUUCACAGCCAGUUUCUGCUUCCUGCUCUGGAGAAACGCAUGGGGGAAUGGGAAUCCAUUCAACGGAUCGGUGACAUUCUGCAGAAACUUACACCCUUUCUCAAAAUGUAUGCCGAGUAUGUGAAGAACUUCGACAAGGCCAUGGAGCUGCUGAAACAGUGGACCGACCGUUCGCCUCAAUUUAAGGCUGUAAUUCAGGAGAUACAGAGUCAGGAGAUCUGCGGCAGUCUGACGCUCCAGCAUCACAUGUUGGAGCCAGUGCAGAGAGUUCCUCGAUACGAGAUGCUGCUGAAAGACUACCUGAAGAAGCUGCCUCAGGACGACCCUGACCGGACAGAUGCAGAAAAAUCAUUAGAAAUCAUUGCUACAGCAGCCACUCACUCCAACAGUGCCAUUAGAAAAUCUGAAAACCUGAAGAAGCUGAUGGAGAUAUAUGAGAUGUUGGGUGAAGAGGAGGACAUUGUUAACCCCUCAAAUGAGUUCAUCAAGGAAGGCCACAUCCUGAAGCUGGCAGCCAGGAACACCUCAGCCAUGGAGAGAUACCUUUUCCUGUUCAACAACAUGCUGUUAUACUGCGUACCUAAAUUCAGCCUGGGAGGAACCAAGUAUACAGUCAGGACCAGAAUUGGGAUUGAUGGCAUGAAGGUCCUGGAAACGAGCAAUGAGGACUACCCUCAUACCUUCCAGGUGUCGGGCAAAGAGAGAACGCUGGAGCUUCAGGCCAGCUCAGAGCAAGACAAGGCAGACUGGAUCAAGGCUUUCCGGCAGACCAUAGAGAUCUUCCAGCAGAAAAACGAGUCGUUCAAGAACGCUCUGAAGGACGUGGAGGAAGUUUCGAAAGCUGAGCUGGGGAAGCGGGCUCCUCGCUGGAUUCGUGACAAUGAAGUGACAAUGUGCAUGAAGUGUAAGGAGCCUUUCAAUGCCAUCACGCGGCGGAGACAUCACUGCAGAGCCUGCGGCUUCGUGGUGUGCUGGAAAUGCUCAGACAAUAAGGUUCAGCUUGAAUAUGACAACAACAAGGUGAAUAAAGUCUGCAGAGACUGUUUCUGCAUCCUGACGGGAGAAGGGGUCACCGAGGGCAAAAAGAAGGGCAUCCUUGAGAUCGAGGCAGCUCAGAUCACAGACAGCAGCAUCAUGUGUGGUUUCCUGCAGCACUCAGAGAAAGGCAAACUUUGGCAGAAGGUCUGGUGUGUCAUCCCUGAGAAGGAGUGUCUGGUGCUCUACCUCUACGGAGCUCCACAGGACGUGAAGGCCUUGUGCACCAUCCCACUACUGGGUUACGUAGUGGAAGAUAGUCCCCGGCACACAGAUGCUCCAGCCAGCUUCCGCCUUUCCCAGUCCAAGUCUGUCCACAACUUUGCUGCGGAAACCGAGGAGCUUAAGCAGCGCUGGCUGAAAGUCAUUCGAGUGGCGGUGAUGGGAGAGAUGCCAGCACGACUGGAGACCAACGGCAGUGGCGCGUUGGAGAGCAGCAACACACAGGAAGUCAAUCCUGAUGACACCUAGAUGGAGUGUUGCUCACAAAUCAAACUGCUGUGGGACUGUUGGAGGGGUGAAAGCAAAGAUGCACCCCUCUCUGUUCAGUCUGUUCACUCUUAAAAACAGGGUGGAACGACUAGUGCUGGAUAAGCUGCCCUUCCUUUCUUCUACUGUUGGAACUGUUCUGGAUUACUAACAUUUCUGGUACAAUCAACACUAGAGCAGAGGGACUUUGAGAUGCAUCUUCUUCCCUCAAACGAGCACUAUUAAAGAAAACUCAAACUCUGCCUUCAAGGAUGGCGCCGCCCCACGGACCUCCACAGCGUCCUGUUGAGGAUGGGAAUCAAAGUCCGCUGGUGCUGUAAAUCUGUUUCUUGUACAGAACACUUUUUUUUAUUCAAAAAGUAACAGUCUUUCAUCCAUGUACAAAAAUUCUCAAGUUCUUCUUGUAUGAAAAGGAGAAACAUCUUUAUGUCUGACAAAAUAUUUACAGUAUUCCCGUCAUUGGAGGGCUUCAGCAGACGGUUCCAAAACUAGAACAAGGACCAUGAACUUGGAUAAUGAUGCUCUCAUCUUUCUCCUCUGAAAGCAAAAACGUGGAGUCGAUCUAAGCAGACUGGAUGAAAACUGGCAACCUGCUGAAUAGAGAGACAAACAGAAAACCACAGUACUGAAACCUGGACUGAAUUAUUUGAUGCUGAGUACAAAUCCAACUUUAUUUAUAAAGCAAACACGGAGGCCAAAGUGCUGUACAGAUAAAAGCAAAAUAUAGAAAACACCAGGAGGACCAAUAAAAUUCAACAUGGACAUAGAACAACAUAAAAGCAGCACCACUAAGUAUUAGACGCCUGAGAGAAAGAUGUGCCAGGGCAGAUCCAGACUUCCAGAGUUUAGGACCAGCUACAGAGAAGGCCCGGUCUCCUCUGAGCUUACGCCUGGUUCUCAGUACUGACCAGAGCAGAAGGUCAGCUGACCUAGGAGAACGAGGUGGCACAAAGGGCUGUAUAAGCUCAGAGAUGUAGAGCGGGCCGAGGCCAUUUAAAGACUUAAAACCCAAUGGAUCCUGAAUGGAUGGGCAGCCAGUUAGGUGAACUCAAACCUGUCUGUGUAAUUUAAAAGAUGCGCAGAAUUUUGUCCCAUCUGCUGACGUGGGAUUAAAGAACCACCGACACCAAAAUAAAGAGUGUUACAGUAAUCCAGGUGUGGUCACAAAGGCAUGGACUACUGUCUCCAAUAGCAUUUCCAUGAGUAUGGCUUUCUCUUAGCUGGACCUGAUGACUGCCUUGAAUAUAAGCCGACCGUCCAUUUUAACAACAAGAUUCGUUGCCGUCUGCUUCAGAAACUGACCAAGACAGUCCAGGUCCAAACACCAUCACCUCGGUCUUUUCUUUUUAUUUAAAACAACUUCAAGCCUUCAAAUCAUUACAAUUAGGAAAGGGUCCAACAGAGUUUGUGUCAUCCUUAGGUGGCACAAACUCUGUUGACAUUAGGUCAGAAGUUGCUGUUUAUCUCAAGUGUUUAAAAUAAAAACUAAAUUAAAACAGUUCAUCUUGUUUUAGCGAAACAAAUGGUUUGAUUCUUGAUUUUUAUUUUUUUUAGAAAUAUUGUUUAAAUCUUGUCUCUUCUCACCUCGAACGUCAUCUCGUGAGCUUAAUAUAUCGUUAAACCCAUAAUUACAUAUGGUUUAUUUAGAAAUUCAGCUGAAACAAUAUUCUUUGUGCAGGGAAAAGCUUUUUUUUUUUUUUAAACGCUCAGUUUUAUAUUAUUAGCUAGUUUUAUUGACUCUUACCUCAGGUGUGACAAACUAAAACGUCUGAUCAGGUUGACACUAGUAUGUUUUAGUUGCUGUUUGUCUCUCAGACUCACAGGAGGUAAAACACAAUGAGCAGAUUGAGUGGACUCCAGAAGUUCGACUAGAUUUGACCUGACGUCAGUGGAGAGUAACGUUCCAGCAGGUUUUUACUGGCUGUUCUUUAAUGCAGAAAACUCUUUAGGAAAAUUAGCACAGGUCAAGUUAAAAUCAGAUGCUUCUGUUAUGUAUGAAACAUGAAAUUUAUGUUGCUGUUUGCAUCAAAAUAGCAUUAUAGUGUUUUAACACAGGUUGAUGUCCUCAUCUGAAGGACGGUUAAAGGGAGAGAGAUGAGCGAGGAGCAUUAUCCUAAAACGGCGGUUUCGGUUUGGUGAUGGAAAAGCAGAACAAUCAGCCAGCUGAUUCAAGUGUAAAUGUGUUUUUAAUGCUGUAAUUUGUAUUUAAAGUAAUUUAUGACGGGCAUGGACUGUUGAAUGCAGCACAAAGUUGUUCGUUCAGUCAGCUAAGAAGUGGACCUUUCUCUCACUAACCGGUGACGUGCCACUCAGCAGCCAACCGUGCUGGACAGACUGAGGGGAAAUGGGCCCGUUUUCUCCUGACUAUGCUUCUGUGCACCAAGCUGGUGCUCAUCUCUCUGAACUGCUUCCCUCCUCAGUAUUCAAAUAAAGCGAGCACAAGCACAAACCUCCUGAUAAAUCUGAAUGUAAAUCCAGAUUUCUGCCCUCAUUCCCUUCCCACACGUUUGAGAAUCUACGCACUUUACACCCUGAAGGAAAAGUGUACCUGCAAGGGAAAUAAAUGACAUCCAAUGAUCUGUGCUGAUCUGGUUUGUUGGUGCUGAAAUUAAUUUCUCUUCCGUAAUAUUUAAAGCAUGUCAAAAAUGCAACAUUUCUGGCUUCUUAAGUUUUUGCAAUGCUGCUUUAACACAGUUCCAUGUUUUAGUUCUUCUGUUAGAAAGAUUUUCACAACAACCCAGACAUGUCUAUAAAGUUGUGGUAAGUCAGACGUAGCUGUUUAUCACAAGUGUUUAAAAUGCAAAAGAUCUGAGAGAGGAAGCCAAUAAAAAAGAUGAAGAAAUCUGACUUGUCAGACAGGAAGUGGACUAGAGGUCAACCGGGUGCAGAUAAGAUAUUCUGAAUUCUGGGCGGCCGUUUACCAAUAUUUAUGGUUCAUUUUUAUUCAGUGUAUAUGAUUUAUUGUAUUUGGUGAUCAAAAUUGAACCAUUUUCUUUCAUAUUAAACUUGUGCAGCAGCUUC